AUUUGCGUGCAAGGGCCCAGCUGCACACAGGGUUACCUUAAUGAUCCUCGAAGCACCAAAGAACUGUACGAUGAAGAAGGAUGGUUGCACACAGGUGACAUCGGAACAUGGACUCCGGUGAGUGGCCGCUCAGGCUUAUUUACCCAAACAUAA